AUGUCCUACCCGCAGGGCUACUUGUACCAGCCGUCCGCCUCGCUGGCGCUCUACUCGUGCCCCGCAUACAGCACCAGCGUCAUUUCGGGGCCCCGCACGGAUGAGCUCGGCCGCUCGUCUUCGGGCUCCGCAUUCUCGCCCUACGCUGGCUCCACUGCCUUCACGGCUCCCUCGCCGGGCUACAACUCGCACCUCCAGUACGGCGCCGACCCCGCGGCUGCAGCCGCCGCCGCCUUCUCGUACGUGGGCUCUCCCUACGACCACACUCCUGGUAUGGCGGGUUCCUUGGGGUAUCACCCUUACGCGGCGCCUCUGGGCUCCUACCCUUACGGGGACCCCGCGUACCGGAAGAACGCCACUCGGGACGCCACCGCCACGCUCAAGGCCUGGCUCAACGAGCACCGCAAGAACCCGUACCCCACCAAGGGCGAGAAGAUCAUGCUGGCCAUCAUCACCAAGAUGACCCUCACCCAGGUGUCCACCUGGUUCGCCAACGCCCGCCGGCGCCUCAAGAAGGAGAACAAGAUGACGUGGACGCCACGGAACCGCAGCGAGGACGAGGAGGAGGAGGAGAACAUUGAUCUGGAGAAGAAUGACGAGGACGAGCCCCAGAAGCCCGAGGACAAGAGCGACCUCGAGGGCCCCGAAGCAGGAGGAGCAGAACAGAAGGUUGCUGCGGGCUGCGAAAGGCUGCAGGGGCCGCCCAGCCCCGCCGGCAAGGAGACGGAAGGCAGCCUCAGCGACUCGGAUUUUAAGGAGUCGCCCUCCGAGGGCCGCCACGAUGAGCUGCCCAGGCCCCCGCGUGCAGGCGGGCAGUCCCCAGCCGGGCCCGCAACCGCGCGUCUGGCGGAGGACGCUGGUCCUCACUACCCCGCGGGUGCGCCGGCGCCUGGCCUGCACCCAUCGGCCGGAGAGCUGCCCCCUGGCUCGGGCGGGCCCUCAGUCAUCCACUCGCCACCUCCACCUCCGCCGCCACCUCCGGCCGUGCUCGCCAAGCCCAAACUGUGGUCUCUGGCAGAGAUAGCCACUUCCUCGGACAAGGUCAAGGACGGGAGCGGAGGGAGCGAGGGCUCUCCGUGCCCACCGUGCCCCGGGCCCGUGGGCGGGCAAACCCUUGGAGGCAGCCGCGCGUCUCCUGCCCCAGCGCCCGCGCGCUCGCCCUCGGCGCAGUGUCCCUUCCCGGGCGGGACGGUACUGUCCCGGCCGCUCUACUACACCGCGCCCUUCUAUCCUGGCUACACGAACUAUGGCUCCUUCGGACACCUUCACGGCCACCCAGGGCCAGGCCCAGGCCCCACAGCGGGUCCUGGCUCUCAUUUCAAUGGAUUAAACCAGACGGUGUUGAAUCGAGCGGACGUUUUGGCUAAAGACCCGAAAAUGUUGCGAAGCCAGUCUCAGCUAGACCUGUGCAAAGACACUCCCUAUGAAUUGAAGAAAGGUAUGUCCGACAUUUAACUCGGGUGCGGUACUCCCGGACUUUCCUAAUUUAUUAAAACCAUGGCCUUGGCAGUUAUUUUUCCAUCACCGAGAGAGAAAGAGAAAGAAAAAAAUAAACUACCCCUCUUAUUCAGAAGUUUAUAGUUUAUGGAGGUGGAUGACAUAAAAAUGUAUACAUCUCCACACUCGAAAAAAAUUGUUUUAGCCAACUGAAAAGAAAAAAAAACUUAAGAGGAUUUGUAUUAAAUCUUAUUCUGUAUAUUUAAUGUAGCAUUUUUGUAUUUAAAUUGAUAAUUCAGUAUCUUUGAAGUAAAUUAUGAAAUCAACACACCUGUACAGGCAUUUAAUGUUUUUUGUAAUAUAAAUAUAUACAUUUGUGUUCCCCCAAACUGUUUCAUAGUUUAAAAAUACAAGUUUAAUUUAAUUUUUUACACCUAUUGAUUUUUUCUGGGUAUGAGCUAAAGUAUUAUUACAGAAAGAAAACAGGUUAUACUCUUAGAUUUUAAAAAGUAAAAGAAA